UGUCGCUGGCGCUGGACUCGCCGGCCGGCCAGGCGCGCAUCAGCCAGGUCCGGCUGCGCCACUCCACGCCGAUGAACACCGUCAUCAUGUUCGUGCCACAGCAAGAGGCCUGGGUGGUGGAGCGCAUGGGGAAGUACUCGCGCGUGAUGGAGCCCGGCCUGAACCUGCUGGUGCCGGUGGUGGACCGCGUCAAGUACGUGCAGAACAUGAAGGAGCAGGCUAUUGAUAUACCGCAGCAGUCUGCGAUCACGUCAGAUAACGUGCUGUUAAACAUCGACGGCGUGCUGUUCCUGCGCGUCGUCGACCCGUACAAGGCCAGCUACGGCGUUGAGGAUCCGGAAUUUGCCAUCACGCAGCUGGCCCAGACCACCAUGAGGUCGGAGCUGGGCAAGAUCCAGCUGGACAAGGUCUUCCGAGAGCGCGAGAGCCUCAACAUCGCCAUCGUCGACUCCAUCAACAAGGCCAGCGAGUCCUGGGGCAUCACCUGCCUGCGAUAUGAGAUUCGCGACAUCAAGCUGCCGCACAACGUGCAGGAGGCGAUGCAGAUGCAGGCGCAGGCGGAGCGCAAGAAGCGGGCCGCCAUCUUGGAGUCGGAGGGCGUCCGCAUGGCCGAGAUUAACAUGGCCGAGGGCCAGAAGCAGAGCGUGAUUCUUGCCUCAGAGGCGGCGCGCGCCGAGCUGGUGAACAAGGCGGAGGGCGAGGCGGAGGCGCUGCUGGCUGUGGCGCGCGCGCGCGCCCAGUCGCUGGCCGUCAUCUCGGAGGCGCUCUCACUGCCGAACGGCCAGAACGCCGCCUCGCUGGCCAUCGCCGAGCAGUACGUGCGCGCCUUCCAGAGUCUGGCCAAGAGCAGCAACACCAUGCUGCUGCCGGCCGACACCGGCAACAUGGCCGGCAUGGUGUCACAGGCCAUGGCCAUAUACGGCUCCGUAACCGGCAGGAACGCCGCCGCCGCGAUAGAUGGCAGCACCGCCGUGCCGCCAGAUGGCAAGAUGGGCGCGCGGCCAGCCAGCGGCUCGGUGACUGAGAGCGUGACCACAGGAAUGUCGGACGGGCCGACUGGCAUGAGCUAGGCGAGACGCUGGGGAUAGUGAGAUCAGUGCGGGACGGACAGUCAGACAGGGUCGCUAGCACGAUUCGCGGUGGGCCGAGCGAGCGGUACGCCUUGUCGCCGUCCGUGAGUUUCGCGUGAAGCGGGACGGGUACUUUCCAGUGUGAUCACGGCAGGCAGUGCGGUGUCGAGAGCGAGCGGCCGCAUCUACCGGCCACGAAGCGCCACAGUACUGGCGAGGGCCCGGGUGCAGCGGGAUGAUAGCUCUGCGGCAUUGGUUACGCCGGCGAGCAAGGCUGUGCACACAUUUCUUCCGCAGUGUGCACCAUCCGCUUCGAAUCGGACCUGUCCAAAGAGCCUGUCGCGUAAUCCGUUGGCACCGAAGUGAAUAUUCCGUGGGAAUGACAGCGCGGCCGAUGAUCACGCUCCGCUGACCUCGGGUGACGCCUGUUUGACGACUCGUAUGUCGCGUUGUGGUUGGGUGCGGCCUUCCUGCCGGUCCGGCCUCCUGUUCCGCUAACCCCAGAGAAGAGGCGGUCCUGGGCCUGGCGAGGCACCCGCCCACCGCCUAAGUGGAAUCGCCCAUACGCGUCCUGCUUCAGCGCUGGUCGCUGUGACUCACGUUACCCGAAGCAGGACGCCGAUGGAGCAGGAGGAGGACGGGGAGGAGUGGGACGGGCGGGUCGGCCGUGGCGCCCGCGCGGGCCUGGUCUGUCGGGGCGCUCAGUCCGGCUCCUGGACAAAAGCAUGCGGGUCGCGCCGCCUCGCCUCGCCUCCAGUCGUGUGCUGCUGCCGUGUCGUGCCGUGCCGUGCCGUGCCGUGCCGUGCCGUGUCGAGUG